AAGAGAGUUCGAGGACUGACAUGAACAAAUUUCAGAGACCAAAUUGAGCCUUCGGUCAAACUUCAUGGACCAAAUUGGCCACUCGGCCUUUCCGUUACCACUGCCUCUGGCUGCAUGUAACAGUGCGGCUCUCCCUGUUUGAACUUCGCAUCCAUGGAUCAAAUUUCAUAGUAUACAGCUAUACAUCAUAAAGCACUACCUCAAGGCUCAAGCUAGGCCUGUUUCCGUUUUUCUAUAUUUCUUUUUUCAUUUGACCAGCAUGAAGAUUGGACACAAUGGAGAGAAAUGUAUCAUGUGGUAGUAUUGAAGGCAUUUGGAUACAUUCAUUCAUUGCCUCAUUUGGCUUCUCCAGGCUCCUCCUCAACUCAUCUUGGUGGUAAUCUUUAGCAUAUCCAAUAAAUUUAUUUAUUGUACUCGUAUUUUCAUUAAAUGUAUGCUAUGUUUUGGUUGAUAAAUAGUGCCUCAUAGCAGCAAUAUGAUCAUCCACCAAGGUGUUCUCGAAUCGGGGCAUCCACCAAGAAGGCAGUGGAAGCACGGGAGAUUGGAGAAGAUGCCGGCGGUAUGGAGGACGGCGCUCAAGAAGUGCCUCGGCUACUGCAAGUCGGAGGAUUCUUGCGACGUGAUCAAGCGGGACGACUCACGCGGCAGCAGCUCCAGGGGCGUCAAGAAAUCGUCCUUACGGCCGUCGUCGUCGUUGUCGUCGUCGCUGCUGCGGCGGUCGGGGUGCUCGCGUUCCAUCUCCAACCUGCGGGACGUGAUCCACAGCCAGCACGGCAGAAUCCGGCGGCAGGAGCGGCAGCCGCCGGCGGCCGUGCCCAGCGCCUGCUGCAGCCCGAGCUCGAUCGGGAGCAACGACGUCAUGAACGCGGUGACGCACGACGUGCUGCUCGCGGCCAGGGGGGCGGCCUCCGGGCGCGAGUUCCGGGUCGGCAGCCCGGGCCGCGGCGGGGUGCCGUUCGCGCACAGCCCGCUACUGAUGCGGUGCAGCACCACCCCUCUCCCCCAGAGGAAGUCCCCGCGCGCGAUGUCGCCUCUCCGCCGCGAAGCCGGUUACGGCGACUUUGGGGACGGGUCGCCGGCUCCCGCCAGACCUUCCUACGAGUUCGGCGUCCGGUGCCACAGCUGCGGCGUCCGCUUCACCAACAACGACGCCCUUGAAUCGCAUCACCUCGUCAACCACGCCGUCACUGAGAUGGUAGAUGGCGACUGGCCGAGGAGGGUGGUGGAGAUCAUAUGCAAGGCCGGGUGGUCGAAGCCCGAGGAUGCGCUGGAUCGCGUCGAGAGCGUCGUCAAGGUUCACAACAUGGAGAGAUCGGUGGCCCGGUUCGAGGAGUUCAGGGAGACGGUGAUGGGCAGGGCGGCCGAGCUGGCCAAGAAGCACCCGCGUUGCAUCGCCGACGGCAACGAGCUGCUCCAGUUCCACGGCACGACCGUCUCCUGCUCCCUCGGCGCCAGCGGAUCGCACAGCCUCUGCACGUCGGGCGGGUGCAACGUCUGCCGCAUCAUCCGGCACGGAUUCUCGGCGACGAGGGAGUCCAGGGACGGCGUCGGCGUGUUCACCACGUCCACGAGCAAGCGGGCGCUGGAGUGCAUCCAAGAAACCGGCGCCGCCGCCGGCGAGGCAGGGACGGCCGGCGUGAAGCACGCGUUGCUCCUGUGCAGGGCGAUCGCCGGGAGGAUCCACCGGCCGCUCGAGAACCUGCAGGACAUGGCCGCACAGCCGGGGUUCGACUCAGUCGCCGGCAAGGUGGGCGCCGGCUCAAGCAUCGAGGAGCUGUACCUGCUGAACCCGAGAGCUCUUCUCCCGUGCUACGUGGUCAUAUGUAAUUCUUGAUCACGCUACUGGAUUUAGUGAUCAUAGAUAAUAAGAGGAUAAGAUGUGAUUCUAUCCUUUAUUUUAUUUUGGUACAGAGAUCGGAAGUUGUACUUCAUUCGUCUAGGAAAAAAAAUUCAGGUUUUGA